UAAAUUGCCACAUGAUUCAAUAAAAUAUGUUUGAUAUCUUAAAACUGAAGAGGCAAGAGUAAAAUAGAAUCUUAACUCCGAUUUAACAUAAGCUCGUAUACGGUUAAUGGUAGCAGUAAAAGAAGAACAUUAACGGAAUUUUAUUUGUACGUUCUAGGUUAUCAUUUCCUAUGUACUUAUGUUGCUUUCUACCCGAUGACCCGAUCACGUCAUUAUAUAUACUAGUCAUAACUAGUUAGAAAAUAUUUUUAAUUGGCUGAAUCACAUCGGAAGUUAGUGCACCGGAUAGAAUUUUUCAACGCGUGAACUACCUACCGAUAAACGCUAAAAUGUCAGCGAUAUCUAUUCAAUAGCUCGAAUCUACGUAUUCUGUUUGCGAUCAGCAUCGUGCGGUAAAUUUCCAAGAAAAAGCCGGCGUAAUCGUAUUAGACCGCGUGCAAGUCGCCGCAAGAGGAUCUUAUUGGCCGAGAGCAGAAGACGCCCACAACGUGCACGCUUAUAUAGUACUCUAGUGCUAUGCGGUGUUCAUUCAUAGUUCCACUCCUGUCUAGUCAUUCAUUAAUCCGAUACGGCGAGAGUGUCCUUACAGAGCGUGCGCUGAUCACGACUCUCAAUCGUUCGAGUGACCCCCUUCGUGUUCGCGCUCGCGCUCAUUCGCGCGCCCGUGUGUGUGUGUGGGUGUACAACGUCCUACGAUACUCGUGAAAUCGAGAAGUACCAGCUCGUCGACAAGGUGGAUUAACAUCGAACACGGAGAAUGCGAAUAGAUCCGGUGUCACAGACGAUUACCUUGACGACCCUUGCAUUCUUCCUGAGUUCGGGCCUGAAUACGGUUUCAGGUGCACCCAUUUACGACCCCCGCACCGCCGUAUCCAACGCGAAUAAUAUGGACCGGUGGUUACAACCUUGCGGUAAUCCAGUGGCGAUGCAAUUCAAAAAAAUGCCACAGAGGCACAGCGUUCAUAGAACGUUGAAGAGGGUGCGGACGCAGCUUCGAGUUGCCCAUGAUCAUUACAAAACGCGUCGGAAGGAUGUGCAUAAAGUGUACUCGAAGGUGUACAAAGAGCUGAAGGAGCAGUACAACAUGCCAUGGCUGCCGGAGAAGGAAUACGAGUGGUAUAGCAAGACGGUUUUGUGUCUCGAAAAGGGAAAGAAAGCUGAGCUUGCGCUUCCACACCUUUACGAUUCGCUGCAAAGGUUCGCCAUCACGUUCGAUCAUCUCAGAGCUUUCCAUCUGAAAUCUAAUAUUAACGAUGGAUCCAAUAUGAUGGACACCAGAAACGAGAUCAUUAAUCAAAUGUACAAUGAGAUCCUCAGGGUAUCGUGCGAAGUGGAGACUGCGAUCUUAAACUUAGGGUUGCAAGUUCCCAAAGCGCAUACGGCAAAGAUUGUGACAGAAAGUUCGUAUUGGGCGGAGGAAGGCGACUCAACAUCGAUGUUAAUACAAGAUUGGGGCGUGAUUAGAUUAUAUCAGACGUUUCUAGACGCCUGGACGGCGGCCUUCCGUAACGCGACCGAACGUGGUCCAGGCACUUGCGAUCCUAAUAGGCAGAAUCCAGGAGCUAAGAACAUAAAAAAAGGAUCUAGGCCAAAGGGUAAAGGGAUAUCGAAAAUUAAGAAGCAAAAAAGGCCAGUUAGGAAGCAUCCAAAGGGCGCUGGCCAAAAUAGUUCCUUGCCUCAGGGACCAAAAAAGGGUAUUCCGAGGAACAAACUGAUGAGAAACAAACAAAAGAAGCUCGCGGGAAUGUGAUGAAAUUCAUCUCACAAGGUUUCUCUUCGUUUUUACGAGAUCUACUCUAUCGAUUAUUUUAAAGGGACGUUUAACAGGUAACUUCUUUCACCUUGUGGCAAAGAACUCUCUCUAUUAUUGUGACUGGAACACAUAUUCAUCGCGUUACAUUUUUUCUUUGUUUUUUUUUUAUAUUUUGACACAAGUAUUAAUUUAAAUGGCAUUUAAGAUAAUUGUGUAUAGAAAACGCGUAAAUAUUCCUUAGUUCCUUUAGUUCUCUUUUUUAAUAUUUUUUUUAUUUGACGCUAACCUUGCCAGGUCCGAUCAAAUGACCGGUUUCAAAAUUUAAUUUAAAAUUGCACGUUCAAUGUUAUUUCUUUUGUUCAUCUAAUUUUAUGCAAAUUCCUAUAUUAUCCGAUUAAUCAAAUUCUCGAUUUUUCUUAAUACAAGAAUUUAGAAGGUUAGUAGAAUAAAAGAUAUAACGAUGAGUUUACAAUUUUUAAUUAAAUUUUGAAACCGGUCGUUUGAUCGGACCUGGUAAGAUUAGUGUUUUAAGCACUUAGUAUUUAUGAUCGCGUAAAAAUUGAUUUGCCUGUCAAUCUUCCACGAAGAUGUAUAGGGUGUAUCGUAAUUGGUGGUACGAUUGACAACGAGACGAUUCUACGUAAAGAUAUAAGUAGAUAUAAGAUACGUGCAUACGGGAACAAUUUUCCAUACGAGAUUUUGAUUUUCAAAAUAAUGAUCUCUGAUAUUUGUCUGUGUUUGCAUUUAUUUUAUCGGGUAGGAUAAAAAAACAAUGGAUAAUUUUAUUACUUUGGAAAUUGUUGAACAUAAUCUUCAGUUUCUUGAGUAUACAGUUUUACUUUCCGUACUAAAUUUUUAUUAAAUAAAAUACGAAGUAAAUGCUACUUUAUGAAAGAAUAAAAAGAACUCGAAACCGUAUGAACUCGUACGAAACAAUUGUAUUCUACGUUCUCGGCUUAUCUUCUCAUAUAAAAUUACUUUGAUAUUUGCGAAUAGUACCCUCAGUUACGGGACGCCCAGUAUUUUCACCUUCUUCGAAUUUUCAUUCAUAUAUUCUAUGUCUUAUUUAUUUUAUCGUUACGAUCAUUCAAUAGAUGCUUACUAUUUUACAAUCUUGCCAGUUUGUUCCGAUGGUGUAGCGUUAAGAGUUUCGCGAUAGAAUUAGACGAGAAUAACAAUCAUAUUACAAAAAAAAAAAAAGAAAAUCGCCAUUUUGUUUUCGAUAACUGGUGCAUUUGACAGUACUAUGAAAUUGUUAUUGAAAAUCAAGCUGUAUACUAGAGACCAGUAUUACGAAGUGUACUUCAGAACAGUAUUAUGAUAAAUAACAUACUUAAAUAACUAGAAUAGCGAAUAACAUUGAUAAAAGAAAAAGUUCGAUUUCUAAGAGAUGAUCGAAUUAAAAAAGGAUCGUCGCUGCGAAUGAACGCGCCUGAAAUUUCUGACUAUAUUGCGUGUACGGAAAAACAAAAUAGUAGAAAAUUAGCAUUAUCAAAAUGUAACAGAUGCGUGGAAAAUGCGACGAGAGUUGAUUAAAAAUUAGAAAAAUCCAAAUUAUCGUUUCAAUAGUUAGUUUGUUCGCUAUGAAAAAUAUUUGCAGAACUUGUUGUAACUCUUCGCAUUGCACGCAAUGCGCGCAUAUUCUAACAUGAUAAUUUGAUACUUGACCAAUCGUGGCUGAUUACGAAUAUAGUAGAACUUCGUUUAUAUGAAUUUUACUUUUUAUUCGAUUUUAUCUAAACCUUGUUAUUUAUUCGAACGAAAUUUUAGUUAGUACACUGUAUUAACACGUUCAUUGUGGAUCUGAUUGUCAUUACGUAUAAUGCUACGGAAUGAACAAAUAAUUUUUACACAAUAUUCGUUUAUAUAUCGUAUUACUUUACGUAUGAAGAUCGCAAUAGAGAAAAACGUAAUAAGUAAUUUUCCAUGUUUUGCGAACGAACAAUACGAAAGUCAACGUGUGGCCCGACAAUUUUACAUUACUUACCGAUUUCUCUAUUUUUAAUUUGGUUCUAAUGUUAAAGAUGCGCGUGUAUAUCAUUGCCAUUGAAUUGUUUGUCCUUCAAUGAGUUCAGAUAAACGAAGUUCUACAGCACGUGUUUAACAUCGAGACGAGACUCGAUACUAUCGAGAUUUCGAAACGUGUGUGUGAAAUUAACAGGUCGUGACAGUAAUCGAUUUAAUAUCGAACAGAACAGUUCGUGUAAAACUUAUUUAUUGUAGCUUUAACGUAAGCAGACGAAAGCUUAAUGUCGUUUAGCUGUGAUAUCUUGAGCGUACGCGGACGUACAGAGUUCCUACGUUUUAUACAUAGGCGCAUUAUACUAUAUUUUUAAGUAACGUGCGUUUACGCGUACAAUACGUAUUUAGAUGUAAUACCAUAACUUCUUUUUAUUUUUAUUUUAUUUUUUUUUCUCCAGUCCGUAGAAUCUCGUCUUGUCGCGAACAUGACAAACUUUAUCUUACCCGAUACUUUGCUUCUUACUUGCUUUCGAAUGGAAGGAUUUAGCGAUACUUACAGAGCGGAAUACUUUUAACGAUGCAAUUUUCGUUCCCUUAAUUUCCAUUCCGUUUUGGGCCAGACGAAAUAAUUCAUUGUUUCCUUAAAGAUGAUACGAAUAACGAGGGACCAAUAUUAUAAUUUGGAUUUAUAAGAAUUAUUCGUAUAGAGACGUUGAAGAUGCGCGCACGAAUAGCGCGAGAACAAUGGGUUUAUCUGCGUUAAAAUGAAAAUAUAUUUACAUUAUAGACAAUCAAUGUUUUGUAUCGAACCGGUACUUAGGUAUUAUAUAUGUAUUUUAACGUUAGAUAUUUUUGUACUUAAUAUUAAAAUUUCUCAUACGACGUGAUACUUGAACAUUUUAUACACGCACAUUUAAACAUUAAGGAUUUCACUUGCAUUUUAUCAAGUAUACGUAGUAGGUGUAUUUAUUCUGACGUACACGUAGGCGUACAUAACGUUACAAUUUAUUUAUUAUAUCACGUUACCAUCGCAUAUAUUAUUUAUUGUCAUUUCUAUACUUAUGUAAUCGUCUCGAAUAAAUCCGAUGUUUUUGUAUUGAACAGUCA